AUGAAGUCCCCAAUCUAUCUUCUCACUGCUCUUCUCCCCCUUACUCUGUCUCUCGUCAAUGCUGCUCCGGCCGCGGAGCCUGAGGACAUCGAGGACGCUGUUCUUGAAGAGCGAGACACUUGCAGGGUCGAACGUCGAUUCGACUACUACAAGUAUCCCUGCCAGUCGAGUGAUAGAACCGGCAGCGCCAACAGAGGCGACAAUGUCAAUUUCCAGUGCAGAUACAGAAACUGGUACAAGACUCCCAGAGGAUGGGUCAGGGAAGAGGACAAGCCUCGUCGUUGCCAGGGACCCCGUCCCAACAGUUGCAACUAG